AGGAUAAAAGCUCCCAUUUUCCGAGUUAUUUCGGCUCAAAUCUUCAUUCUGAAUCAAACCCCAAAAGAACAAUGCCACUUGCUUCCUUAUCUCUCCCUUCUUUAGGCUAUUGCUGCCAAAAGUCUCCUCCUUUAUCCCUCAAAUCUUCUUUUCUCUCAAAACCCACAAAAACCCAGUUUUCGGUUGCCUUCAAAACUACCCAGAAGAGGUCUUCUUCGCAUAUAGUCUCGAUGAGUACGGAAGCAGGCAUUGGAGUGAUGGGCACAAAGCUUGGAAUGAUGAGUUACUUUGAAACCGAUGGAACAGUUGUUCCGGUGACUGUCGUAGGUUUCAGAGAAGGAAAUAUAGUGACCCAAGUUAAGACAUCGGCUACCGAUGGCUAUGAUGCUGUUCAAGUUGGGUACAGGAGAGUUAGAGACAAGAAGCUGACGAAGCCUGAGUUGGGCCAUUUGGGGAAAGCUGGUGUUAUUCCCAUGAGGCAUUUGCAGGAAUUUAGGUUGCAAAGUGUGGAGUUUGAGACUGGUCAGAAGUUAGCUGUUGAAGAGAUUUUCAAGGAAGGUGAUCUUGUUGAUGUCUCUGGGACCACUAUUGGGAAAGGAUUUCAAGGUGGAAUAAAGCGCCAUAAUUUUAAAAGAGGUCAAAUGUCUCAUGGUUCUAAGAGUCACAGAGCAUUGGGGUCUAUUGGUGCUGGAACAACACCUGGUCGUGUGUACAAGGGGAAGAAAAUGCCUGGCAGAAUGGGAGGAAGCAAAAGAAAGAUCAGAAAGCUUAAGAUUGUGAAAAUCGACAAUGAGCUUCGAGUCGUGAUGAUCAAAGGUGCUGUCCCUGAUAAGCCUGGAAAUCUGCUACGUAUAACCCCGGCUAAGAUUGUUGGGAAGAACAUACCAAAGAACUAGUUUCAAAUUAUCCAAAAAAAAAAAAAGAACUAGUUUCAGAUGUUGUACUUCAUUUCAAUUUGGUUAGUCUUGCUACAUAACUCUUUUCGUUUUAACUUCCUGUACUCGAAAUUUAGUAAUUCAGUUGUGGAGACUUUUGAUGCAUUAUUUGGUGUAUGAGUUUGUGUAGAAAUUUACCUUCUUU